CGCUAAAAGGAUAGUCGUGACGGGUAUCUAUGGUAUAAAAUUGCAAUGAUUAGUAAAAAAGUUAACUUAUAAUAUAAUUUAAUAUGACCUCAUAUAUACCUACAACAUAUGCUUGUAACUAUAAUACCUAUAUUAUAUGCGCUGCAUAGUGUAUAUCCAUUAUCCAAGUAUAAUCAUAUAAUAUAUCGUGCAUAUGCAUCACACAACUAUACCUGAUAUAUAAGUAGGUACCUAUUACACCUGCAGAAAUAAUAAUAAAAUCUUUAAAUCGGCCCGUCGAUGAUUUUUAUUUUAAAUAAUUCACACUUCACGGUAUAAAUAAAAUCAUAUAAUAAAACAAAAAUAAUAUGAACCGUGGAUUCAUAUAUUUCCAGUCAGUGGUCGUUUAUACACUCGUGCUUACCGCUUCCACUGUCGUACAUAACACGGACGCGGAGUGCUGGGACACGGGCUGUCAACUGGACUCGUGGUUGGUCAAGGGCUGCGAGCAGUACGAAGGAAUGACGGAGAUAAAGCGUAAGCCGUGUGGUCGCGGCAAUAAACCCGCAGGCCACGUGUAUUCCUGUUGUUACCAAUUGAAUUCGAUCGAUUCCUCUCGGAAAUUGUGCCGGGCCACGGAAUGCAUAUCGGAUUCAGUAGGAUCGGACCACCACGAUGCAUCAGGUGACGGCGAUGGUUGCAGCUCACUGCAGUACCAAGGCACAAUUGAGGUAGCAAGAUCACCGUGCGACAGGGGCUACGUGUACUUUUGCUGCAACAGCACGAACGAUCCUUCGGACGCUGUGCAACUGAACAAAAUCGGAGACCUCACCUACUAUAGUUUGGGGUUGACGGCGUGCGGCCGAACGUACACCGACGGCGACAUGGUUGCGGCAAUAGCGUUCGGUCAUUUCACCACUCCGAAUCCCAAUUUUGAUCCCAUGUGCGGCAAACGUGUGAAAAUAAUCGACCCUACUACGUUGAAAUCUAUAGUAGUGACCGUGAGAGACAAAUGCGAAGCCUGCAAGAUGAAUGAUAUCGAUGUGUCUCCGUCUGCGUUUGAAAAACUUAAACCGAAAAUUGUUGGAAGAAUCAAAGUCGUUUGGGAUUUUAUUUGAUGUCUAUUAUGUCAUAAUAUAUAUAUACGGUAUAUUCAUGUGGACUAUAACUUAUAAUUUAUAUUUAAGUGUAUACAGUACAUUGUACGUUUAACGUAUCUGAUAAUAUUGACAAAUAUUUAAAUAGUAUACGUUGACACGUUGUACGUACUACAUAUACCUAUCGAUUCCUGUACAAUAUAACUAUGAUUUAUUAAUAUAAUAUCAAAAAUAGGUAAUGUAUAAUAAUUUAUUAUUUUAUUGUACCGUAGCGUGUCUUUUGUAAUCUAUUUAAUAUGAAAAAAUUAAAACGUGUUACAUUGUAUUAUAUAUGUUACUAUAUUUACUAAGUUUUAGGUAUCAUUAUAAAUUAAUAAAAUAUAGUGUUGUACUGUUUUUAAAAAUUAUAAUAAUAUACAUAUUUUAUUAAAGAUAUCAUCGAAUAAUUUUUGUGCAAUAUUUUGGUAUAGAAGGGGUGGGGUUGCGUGUUUUUUAUUGUGUAUAUACUCUUAUAUUUUUAUUUAUGAUGUACGUAUAUAAUAUAUAAUAAUAUUAUAAAUGU